UUCCUAUUCUCUUUCUCUUUCUCACAAAAACCCCACCAAAACCCUCAACAACAAGCACAAUGACCGGCGUUAUCAACGGCAACGGACCCGCCCACGUCCUCGCUCCUGGCCACUUCCUCUUCACCUCCGAGUCGGUCGGUGAGGGCCACCCCGACAAGAUCUGUGACCAGGUCUCGGACGCCAUCCUCGAUGCCUGCCUUGCCGAGGACCCCAACUCCAAGGUCGCUUGUGAGACCGCCUCCAAGACCGGUAUGAUCAUGGUCUUCGGUGAGAUCACCACCACCGCCAAGCUCGACUACCAGAAGGUCAUCCGUGACACGAUCAAGAAGAUCGGCUACGACCACUCGGACAAGGGCUUCGACUACAAGACCUGCAACGUCCUCGUUGCCAUUGAGCAGCAGUCGCCCGACAUUGCCCAGGGUCUCGACCACGGUUCGCUCGAGUCCCACGGUGCCGGUGACCAGGGUAUCAUGUUCGGCUACGCUACCGACGAGACCCCCGAGUACAUGCCCCUCACCAUUGUCCUUGCCCACAAGCUGAACAAGGCCCUCGCCGACGCCCGUCGCGACGGCUCGCUCGGCUGGCUCCGCCCCGACUCGAAGACCCAGGUCACUGUCGAGUACAAGAAGGACGCCGACGGAGCUGUUGUUCCCCUCCGUGUCGACACUGUCGUCAUCUCGACCCAGCACGCCGAGGAGAUCACCACUGAGGAGCUCCGCAAGGAGAUCCAGGAGAAGAUCAUCCAGAAGGUCAUCCCCAAGAACCUCCUUGACGACAAGGUUGUCUACCACAUCCAGCCCUCGGGCCGUUUCGUUAUCGGUGGCCCCCAGGGUGACGCUGGUCUUACUGGCCGUAAGAUCAUUGUCGACACCUACGGUGGCUGGGGUGCCCACGGUGGUGGUGCCUUCUCGGGCAAGGACUUCUCCAAGGUCGACCGCUCGGCUGCCUACACUGCCCGCUGGAUCGCCAAGUCGCUCGUCGCCGCCGGCCUCGCCCGCCGUGCCCUCGUCCAGCUCUCGUACGCCAUUGGUGUUGCUGAGCCCCUGUCGAUCUACGUCGACACCUACGGCACCGGCAAGAAGUCGGACCUCGAGCUCGUCGAGAUCAUCCGCAACAACUGGGACCUCCGCCCCGGUGUCAUUGUCAAGGAGCUCGACCUCCAGAAGCCCAUCUACCGCCAGACUGCCGCCUACGGCCACUUCGGCAACCCCGACUACACCUGGGAGAAGCCCAAGACCCUCAAGUUCUAAGCAGCUUGACGGCUACUUGACGCGUCUGUUCCGGUUACCUCUCUCUCACCUCAUCCAUUUGGGACGCCAUUAGGCCCCACGCGCGAGUUCCACCUCGCACGACACCGCCCUCUACCAUACUAUACCACCCCGCAUAGCACACAUUCCCAACGUAAAUCGUCAUAUAUUACCCACACCACCCCGUGAGCCGACGACCAGCGUCGUCGGCGAGGCAUAGUGCCCACGCAAUACCCGGCCACCCUCUACUCGGCGCCAAUAGAUCUUGAAUAGAGCCGGCCUUCAUUUGGUGUUAUGAAUGGCUUCAACCGCCACGAUUUGGCCAGGC